AUGCCAGAAGUCAUCGUAUCGAACGCGACAACCUCUCUGGAUGGAACAGCACUCGCCGCUGCUUCCACGUCCAAGUACAAACCCACCACGGUCGAUCAAGGUUCUACUCCGUACCAGUUCGACGUGGGUCUGCUCGCAUCCAUCAACCCGAACCCUGUCACAGCUUGUUCGGCGGCUCACCUCGCCGAUCGCACACGCGAUGGCGUCCAGUCUCUGGUCAACAAGAUCUUUGCGCUUCCCAUAACGCGAGACCCGGACCAUGGCCCUCUCGCCUCUCUGCCUGCGUUUACGUCCAAGCUGCCACGAGAGAAGAGCAUGCCCAAGCCCAAACCGUUGACCAAGUGGGAGAAGUUCGCCAAGCAGAAGGGUAUCCAGUCACGCAAGAAGGACAAGAUGGUGUUCGAUGAGAACACGCAGGAGUGGGUGCCGCGAUGGGGCUUCAAGGGAGCUAACAAGGAUUUGGAGGAACAGUGGAUUCAUGAACUCAAGAACAAUGGCAAUACCGACAUGGACCCCGCCAAGACAGCCAAGAAGGAACGCUUGGCCAAGAAGCAGAAGAACGAAAAGCAAAGAUUGGGAAAUCUGGCUCGUGCCGCGGCGAGCACGGCUGCUUCGUCCGCCGCUUCCUCCAGCAGCAAAGGCGGCUUGGGCGAUGCCAAUCCAGCCAAGCUAGCAAGAGCAGCUGCAAGGGAGAAACGCAAAGCAGAGUUGGAAGCCGACGUCUUGCGAUCGCGCGCUUCGACCGCUUCCAUGGGCAGAUUCGAUAAGACGCUACAGGGCGAGCAAAAGCAAAAGGGCCUCAAGAGGAAGUUUGACCCCAACGAGAAGGACGUCGGUGCUGAAAGGGCGUCCAACUUGGCGCUCUUGAACAAGCUCGGCACCGCCGCGAUGAGGAAAAAUGCCAAACUCGCCCAAGGUCAGGGCGAUCGGGAGCUCGUCAACACCAGAAAGGCGGUUCAAUUCGCGACGGCUGGACACGGCGUCACUAGCAUGAAUGCUAAGCGUGGCAAGCGUGCGAGCAAGUGA